UCCGGCAGUAGUCCAUAGCAUCCAGGCGUGGUGUCAACUCGCACUUUGGACUCAAGUCAGAAGCAUUUUAUUAUUUCUUCAUUUACAGCAUCAUGAAUUCAGCCGAGUUCCAGAAAGCAGCUGAGGAUGUUAAAAAGCUGAAGAACAACCCCUCAGACCAAGAUCUGUUGGAGGUGUACAGUCUAUAUAAACAGGCCACGGUCGGCGAUGUCAACACAGCUCGGCCAGGAAUGUUAGAUUUAAAAGGCAAAGCUAAAUGGGAUGCUUGGAAUGGAAAGAAAGGAAUGAGUAAAGAAGACGCAGAGCAAGCCUAUAUAACAAAAGUAGAACAGAUGAAAGGAACGUACGGAUUUGAUUAACAAGACAAUGGAUUAUAGGCACAGCUUAACAAUCAACAUUCAGUGAACAACAUCUAUUCCUCAAUGGUAGUGAUUAGAGCCUUACAUGUGCAUAUUAUGUGUUCUUUUUAGCAUUAUAAAUUUAGAUAGAUAUUUUAGAUGAUUUGUACUUUUUGAAAUAUUAUGACCUCAUAUGAAAUAAAAAUUCAUUUUGAUCAACGAACCAAUGUUUAAACUCAUAUACACAUAUGAAUUGUUUUCUGUACUUUUGUAAAGUUAAAAAAAAAAUUGUGUGUAACACUUGUUUACUUGUUUUCACAAUGUUUAUUGAAAAAUCAUGUAUUGUGAUGUUUUGAUAAUUAAAGUAAAUGUACCUCAGUUACAUCAUUUGAUAAGACUUAAAGUGUACCACCAUUGAAUAUAUUUGAAUUCAAUUUGGAUUAUUGCACAGAAAAAAAAUGAAGUUUUGGGAUUUGCUCAACCUUUCUGCUUUUAAGAUAUAAUCUUACAUAAAUUGGUGCUCAUAAGGUGAAUUGUAGGUAUAAUUUAGGGACUUGGCAAGAAUUUGCAGUUGGCAACUUCUAGCAAUUACUCUGUAAAAUAAAUUCCUGUCUUUCCAAAUAUCUCUUCCCAUGAUCAUUUCAUGUUUUGAUACCAAGUAUUAUUUUGAAAUUCAUCUGGAAGGGUGUUUUUUUUUUUUUUUUUUUUGUUUUUUUUUUUUUUUUUUUGAAUGAAUUCAAAAAGGGAAUUAACUGUUUAAAAAAUUUUGGGGGAAAAAAACUUGAUGAACAAAGGAUGAUAACUCUAAGAAACCUGCUUUGGAUAAUCUGAGGUCCUUUCUGACUGGUCAGAUUUUAAGCUUUGAUUUGUGAUUCAUACAUAUAUAUGUGUAAUUUGUGUUUUCACUUUUUGAUUGCCUUGAUUUAAAAUGGUAAUUUUAUAACUAGACUAUAUUUGCUUCAUUCCACAUUACAUGCAAUUUUUUGAUCUCUUGGUGAAGGGCAUUUGUACAAAUAAUUUAUGUAUAUUGAUUAAAGAUUGAUUAUUUUUUUCAUCUUGCAAUCUGGUUUUUAUUGUCUUAACAAACAGAGGAUUUAAACUUUCCUCCUGUCAGUCAUACCAACUUGAUUUUGAAUUAAAUUUUGCCGUAUUAUUUAUCUUGUAUACUUAACAGGGGGGCUCAAAAAUUUUAUAUAUUUGCCAUUUACAUUUUGAAUUUGAAUAUUUGAACACAAUCAAUUUUUAAAAAAUGGCCAACUAUUUUUUUGUCUGAUGCAUAUAAGUAUUAAAGAAACUGAUUGAUUCUUAUUUAGAGUUGCCAUGUUUCAAAAUGGUUUUAUUUUAAUCAAUGGUAAAAUAUUUCGGAAUAUGUAUGGAUGGAAUUUUACUAAUAAUUUGUAAACGAAGAACCAAUAAACAAUUAUGUUUGCCUGAAUUUAUUGGAAUGCUUAAAAUUUGAGAAGAAAUGUACAUGUUUUAAUGAGACAUGAAACCUUUGACAUGUUUUCCGAUUUGUUCUUUGACAAAAUUUAGCAUUUUAAAACAAUUUUUACACUUUUAUUAUCUAUAUGAAUAAACACUUGCCAAGCAUGGAUAA